AUGAACAAUUUGAGUGGUGUCAUCUCUGCUGCUAUCUCAAAUUGUUCAAGACUCACAAGACUUGAUCUCUCAAACAACAGUUUUACAGGUUCUAUUCCUGAAUCAUUCGGUAACUUAGAAUACCUUACACUUCUAGACUUGCAGGAGAAUAGUUUUUUCAGUGAUUCAGCUUUGAACUUCCUUACAUCUUUAAUAAACUUUAGGAAACUAAUUGAACUGAAUUUUUCUAAGAAUAUGUUGGAUGGGGUUUUUCCUACCUCUGUUGCAAAUUUCUUCGAAUCUCUACAAAUUUGUGAAGGACAGGAUUGUAAACUGAAGGGCAUCAUUCCUGAAGAAAUUGGUGAUCUAACUGGAGUGGCAAAUAUGAGCAUGCUAAACCUUCAAGAACUUUACCUACAAGGAAACAAGAUAAAAGGAACAAUAUCAGAUGCCAUCUGCAAUUUAAAGAAUCAUGGUGCAUUGGACUCGUCAGAAAAUCGGUUUUCUGGUUCAGUGCCAUCAUGCAUUGAAUUCAAGAUUAUCUGCAAGUUUGUGGAGCCUUCAAAAUCUCAUAGAAUUCAAUUUACAUCCAAUUUAUCAAGUGGGAUAAUUCCUCUGGAGAUUGGAAAUUUAAAAGCUGUAUCACUCAUUGAUCUAUCAAAAAAUGAUUUUUCUGGUAAGAUUCCUAUCACUAUAGGGGGUCUAGAUAAAUUGAUCAAAUUUUCUCUAGCACAAAAUAGACUAGAUGGGCCUACUCCCGAUUCAUUUAGCAAAAUGUUGAGCUUAGAAUUCUUGGAUUUGUGCUAUAAUAAUAUUAGCAGUAGUAUUCCAAAGUCAUUAGAAGCUCUUGUAUAUCUAAAAUACCUUAACAUAUCAUGCAAUAAUCUCAGUGGAGAGAUUCCCACCGGUGGUUCUUUUGCAAAUGUCACCAAUCAAUCUUUCAUGUCCAAUGACGCACUCUGUGUUGAUUCUAAAUUUCAAGUGCCACCAUGCUUCAUCAAAUCUCCCAAGAGAUCAAAGAGGAAAAAGGCAAUCUUGGCAACAACUGGAUUUGAUGAGAGCAAUUUGCUUGGGUAUGGGAGUUUCAGCGUGGUUUACAAAGGGAAACUUAAAGAUGGCACUCUUAUAGCAGCAAAGAUAUUCAAUACGCAGCUAGAUGGUGCACUUAAGAGUUCUGACACUGAAUGUGAGGCACUUCGAAAUCUUCGCCGUCUCAAUUUGACCAAAGUCAUCACUAGCUGCUCCAACCUUCAUUUCAAAGCACUGAGAUUAGAUAUAAUGAUAGAUGUAGCUUAUGCAUUAGACUAUCUCCACUCUAGCUUUUCAACACCUGUGGUGCAUUGUGAUUUGAUGCCACACAAUGUGUUGCUAGAUCAAGAAAUGGUUGGCCAUGUAAGUGAUUUUGGCAUUGCAAACUUAUUGGGGGCUUUUGUUCAAACAGGGACAAUCGGGACCAUUGGAUAUAUUGCUCCAGAGUAUGGACAAGACAGAAGGGUAUCCAUGAGCUGCGAGGUUUAUAGUUUUGGCAUCCUGAUGAUGAAAACAUUUACAAUAAUGAGACCAAGCGAUGAAAUAUUUAUCGGAGACUUGAGCAUACGAUGUUGGAUUAGUGAUUCUUUUCCAAGUGAAAUUCAUAAAGUGGUGGAUGCUAAUCUGGUACAGCCAGGAGAAGAACAAAUCGGCUUGAACAAAGAUGCAGUCUUUGUUAUAUAUCAUGGAAUUAGCUUUGAGUUGCACCUCAGUGACACCUGA